AUGGCUUUUAUUAAAAUACUAUUCUUUAUAAAUUUUAUUUUUAUAUCAACAACAAUUCAAAACCAACUAACAAAAAAUGUUACCUAUGAUAUAGCUGAAAAUUGGUGUUGUAAAAUUGAACCUGAAAUUGAAACAAUAUCACAAACUCGACAAACAACAUUUUAUGUAGUCCAACAUAGACGUCAUAAAUGUGGAUAUGCUGCAUGUGGUUUUAUGAAUUUAAGUCGUUGUACAGCAUGGUGUUCAGAAACUUGGUUAGAAGCUAAACAUAGUAUUGAAACUUAUUUAGUUAACAAAACUCUUCCGUGUCCAAAUGAUCAACUUGCUUGUUGUUCUAAUCAUCUUUAUAUUAUGGGUCACUGUAUGUCAUAUGAUGAAAUUCAUGAUAAUCUAAAGUUAUUAAUGCAAUUAAAUGAAUUAAAUAUUGUUAUAUCCGGUCCUACUCAAGGUUAA